AUGAUGCAGAAGAAGCUUACUUAGACAAAUAGACAAGCUAAAACAUAAGAAUUCGUAUACCUCUCUCAUAAAUUAGACUCCAUCCUAAUUGAUUUAGAAACAGUUAUCAGGAUAGAUUUUUGAAGAUGCACAUCCAAAAAUCAAAAUCAUUGAAUUUUAAAAUCUUGCUGACUUCUCCUCUCAACCAGUGAGUAGUGUCCCUAUUGAUGAACCGCUCUUUGAUCCAAUUCCACCAAUUAUACAAUUUACAGACUAUGAGGUACAAUUUCCUCUUUUAAAGCAAACAAGCCAUUACAAAUUAAGGAGAAGAUUUUCAAGUUGCGUAAUAAAGAUCGUGUAGCUAGAAGGGUUAAAAUAUACAAACCUGACUCUCGACUAUUUUAAGUUGUGCCUUAAGGUACUAAUGGAAAAGAUGCAGGAACAGGAACUAAAGUAUUUAUUUUAUGAUUAUUCUCAAAAUAGGUAGCACCAGGUAUGGAAACAAAUUUUAUUAUUCGUUUUUCCCCUGAAUCAAAAUCAGAUUAUAAUUAUGAUGUUAUAGUUGAAACAGAAAGAGAGAAAUUUGUUGUACCAAUUGUUGCUGUUGGCAAAAGAGCCAUGAUAGGUAUGAAAUUAUUUUGAUUUCUUAGAUUUUCCUGAUUCUCUUGAUUUUGGUAAUUGUCCUGUUAAAUACACUACCGAAAAACCAGUUAUUAUUAGAAAUUUAGGAGAGAAGACCACUAAAUGGUUCUUGAAAUUACCCUUAGGUUUUGAUGCAGAUAAGAGGGAAGGUGUCUUGGAAUAUGGCAAGAAUGAGUAAAUUGUCAUCAAGUAAUUAUCUUUAUUAAUUAUACCAACAGAUUCUUUCCAACAGAAGCUAGAUCUUAUAAGAAUAAGGCUAUUUUAUAGUACGAUAAUAUGGAAGCUUAUGUUCCCAUCAUUGGGGUUGCACAUAAUGGAAAUGUUUAUCUAUCUAAAAGUUAGAUCAAUAUGACUGAGGCAUUUAUUGGUCUCCAAUUACAAUAGACAUUAUAAAUUAUCAAUAAAUCUAAUGUUAAAGUAGAUUUUGAAUGGAGAGCUUUUGCAACAGAAAAAGAGGAAUAAGAAAAAAAGAAUAGAUUGAGAAAUCAAUUAGAAGAAGAAGAAGCUGAAGAGAGAAUGCUAAUAAAAGAAUUAGUGUCAAAUGAAGGAGUACAUGAAGAAUUAGAAUUGGAAGAAGAUGAGGAUAGUGAAGAGGAAGAAAGAGAUGAAAAAGCUAUUAUUUUAAAGAGAUAAAAGAAGGCUGAAUUAUAAUUGGCAAGGAAAUAUAGAAAUAUUCGUAAAGCUAUUGAAGAUGAUUUACUUCUCUUUAUUGAUGAUAUAUUUACUAUUGAACCUACAUAAGGAUAAAUAUGGCCCAAUUCUGAAAUGACAGUUACAGUUACAUUUGUUCCUAGAAGUGCAUUUCUAUAUUAAACUGUGGCUUAUUGUAAUAUAUCAUGUUCAGAAGAAAGACUACCAUUAAAUUUAUAUGGACAAGGUAUGGGUCCAAGAGCAUUUUUAAGUGUUUAUGAAGUGAAUUUAGGAGAUGUGUUUGUUAAUGAAAUUCAUAAGACUGAAGUUGUAAUAGAAAAUAGAGGAGAAAUAGAAUGUAAAUUUGAAUUGAUGCCAAAUGAAAGAGCAUUUGGAAAGAUGUUUAAAUUUGAUGUUGAAAGAGGAGUAUUAGCAGUUGGUUAAAGAAUGCCAUUUACUAUUACAUUUAAAUCUAGUAUACCAGGAGAAUUUAAAGAAACUUUUAGAUGGAAAUUAGAAGGAUCAACAGAUUAAUUAACAAUAUUAUUUAUUGGACAUGUGAUUGCUCCUACAUUUAAUUUUUAAGAUGAGAAAAUUUAAUUUGGUACUGUGAGUUAUUCAUUCGAAUAAACAAAGAGUAUUAGAAUGACUAACACAUCUACAGUUGCAUUUACAUAUGAACUUAAAAUACCUGGUGAUGGUAAAUUAGCUGAAAGAGAAUUUGAAAUUGAACCUAGAAGAAAUACAAUCUAACCUAAAAAUUUUGAUGUAAUAAAAGUAACUUUUAUUCCUAAAUAAAUUAAAACUUAUGAAUAAGUUAUGGUUGUAGAUAUUGAAGGAGUUGGAUAAGAUAUGUUAUCUAUACCAAUUACAGCUGAUUGUUAAGCUCCAAGAGUAGAAUUAAGACCAAGUGAUAGAUUGAAUUUUAAUAAAGGAGAUGAUUAAAAAGUAUUCUUAAGAAAUCCAUGUAAAUCAAGAGUUGAUUUAAUUAAUACAUCUGAAUUACCAGCUAAAUUUGUUGUUUUACCAUAAAAUGAUGAAUAUAAGGUAUUAGCAGAUUAUACAGUGGAACCAUCUAGUGGUAAGAUUAAUGGUAAUUCAACUAUGUCUUUGGAAGUGACAUUGACAACAAAGAAAUUAUAUGAUAUUACAUUACCUUUACAAAUAAAUAUAGUUGGUACUAAUAAUGGAUAACCUCAUGUAAUAACAAUUGUAGCAUUUUCAGAAGGACCUAAAGUAAAAACAUCAAAAACAGAAUUAGAUUUUGGAAAUGUUGAUGUAUUAAAAGAUUAUUCUCUAAAAUUGACAUUAACUAAUGAUAGUGAUAUUGAAGCUGAUUUUCAUGCCUUUACAAAAAAUAAAAUUUCAAUAUUUAAACCAAUAUAAAAACAUGGUAUUAUAAAACCAAAAGAGAGUUGUGAAAUUGAAGUACUUUGUAGUGCAGAUGAUGCUGUUAAGGUUACUGAUGUUCUUCAUUUUGUAAUUAAAGAAGGUGAUGAUGUAGAAGUAUAAUUAAAAGCAAGAGGAGUUGGUUCAACAAUAUUUUGUAAAGAUGAUUUAUCAUCUGUUAAUAUGGGAGUAAAUUAUACUCAUAGAAAAGUUACAAAAGAAAUUUUUGUAGAAAAUAAAGGUAGAAAACCAUAAAAAUUAUAAUGGACUUAAAAGAAACCUCAAUAGAAAAAAGAAGAAUAAGAUUAAAAAAAUAAUAAAGCUCCACCUCCACCAGAAGAAGAAUCAGUAUUCUCUAUUGCUCCUGAUACAAUUGUUUUACCACCUAAACAUGGUAUUAUGUUUUAAUUUAGAGGAUAUUCAUAAAAGAAGGGAAAGAUUUCUGAAAUAUUUAUGUUACAUUCUACUAUAGGUACUGAAAGGAAAGCAAAUCUAUUAUUUCCAACAACAAUUGAAGGUGAUUUUAUUUAACCAACUUUGUAAUUUUCAGAAAAGAAACUAUUUUUUAAAUAUUCUUGGGAGAAAAAUGUUCCAUUUAUGCCUAUUUCUAAGAAUCUUGAAAUAACUUGUGCUUGUCCUUUACCUGUAAAUUUUGAUUUAAAGUGUUAAUAACCAUUCACAGUGAAUUAAGAUAAAUUAUAAUUGAAUCCAGGUAAAAGUGCAGUUGUUAGAAUUGAUUUUGAUCCUGCUUUUAAAUCUGAUCGUAAAUCUGGUGAUUUAGAAGGAAAACUAUAAUUAUCUCAUUAUGAACAUCCACAUAAAGAUUUGAUUGAUUUAAUUGGUUAAGUUCAUUUUCCAAAUUUAAUUAUGGAAACAAAUCUUAUUAAUUUUGGUUCUAUUUUAUAUGAUACAACAAAGAAAAUGGUAAUGACAAUGAAAAAUUAAAGUGAAAUGGCAUUAAAUUAUGAAUGGACUUUUGUAAGUGAAGAAUUAUCUACUUAAGGUCAAUAACCAAAUAUUCCAAUUAAUGAAAUAUUUGAUAUCUUACCAUUAAGUGGUUAUAUGGAACCUGGAUCAGAAGAAUAAGUUGAAUUUGUUUAUAAUGCAAUUGGAGGAUAAAGAUUUAAAACUACUGCUGUCUGUCAUGUUGAUGGUGGUCCAGAAUAUGAAGUAACUUUAGUUGGAGAUAGUAGUUUAUUAUCUUCUAAAAUGAGCACAACAUUAAUUGAAUUAGGAGAUGUUAGAUUUUGUGAAUGGGUUUCUAGAGAAUUUACAAUUGAAAAUACAGGAAAAGUUACAUUUGAAUUUAAGAUUGAUUUAAGACACAUAAAGAAAAAGGGAUUUGUAGAUGUAUAACCAUAAAAUGGAAAGAUUACAGGAGGAGAGAAACUUAGAAUAACAGUAAGAGUUUCACCUGUAAUACCUGCAGAAUUCAAAGAAAUUAUAUUAGUAUAAAUAGGAUAUUAUGAACCAGAACCAAUUACUAUUAUUGGAAGAGGUGUAUAUCCAUCAAUGGUUGUAUAAUUGCCAAGAUCUGAAAAUCCAUUAUUUUAAUAAAAAUUUGAUGUUGAGAUUGCAAAGAAGAAGGCUGAUUUAGAAAAUUAGAUUAAGAGAGCUUAAUUAUUAGCUAAGACAUCAAAUUAAAAAGUUUAAGUGAAGACAUUAGAAUAAGUAUAAUUGGAAGUAGAGAGAGAUAUAGAUAGGUUUGUAUUUUGUGAAUAAAUAAAGAGGACUGUAUUAGAUAAAUAGGAUGAGAGAACACAUUCAAGAGAUCAAAAAGAAAAGUUUUAUGAUAAUGUAAUAUUGGCUACUUAUAUUUGUGAUUUUGGAAAUGUUGUACUUAAUUCAAUAAGAUAAAAAACAAUAACUAUCAAUAAUCCAGGCACUUUACCAGUAGAAUUUGUUUUAGAUGGUAAAUACUUUAAACCUUAAGGAUAUAAUAUUGUACCUGAAAGAGUUUUGAAUUUACCUAGUGGUGCUAAUAUCACUUUGAAUAUAUAAUAUUAAACUAAAAAGAAUAUGGGUUUUGGACCUACUAAAACUGUUGUGCCUAUUGAAUUGAAGAAGGGUCCAAAGUUUCAUCUAGAAUUAGUGGCCAAUAUUACAAUACCUUAAAUUGUAAUAGAGAAUUCAGCUGAUGGAUAAAUUGAUUUUGGUAAAGUUUUGAUUGGGUAAAAGAAGAUUAUCUUCUUAAGAUUUGUUAAUGAUAAAGAAAUAGAUUGUGAAUGGUCAUAAUCAACUAGAUAAGAAUUGACAGCUGAUAAAAAAGAAGAACCUAGAUUUGUUUUAGUGCCAAAUAGUGGUAUUAUUAAAUCAGGUGAUAAAUAAUUAGUUGAAGCUCAUUUCACUCCAUUAGUUGAAAGAAAUUAUUCAUAAAAAUUCACUCUAAAUAUUAAAGAAAAUGCAACACCUUAUAUAUUAAAUCUAAAAGGAAUUGGUACAAGUAUCAAUUUAUAAUUCAAUCCUUAAUUGAUAAAUAUUGGACCAAUUUUACCAUAUGAUAAAUUUGCACAUUCUGUAUUAGAAAUAAAGAAUCCCACAGAAUUUGACACUGAAAUAUUCUCAUUAGAUUUUGAUACCCAAUAUAUUUAGGAUGAUGAAAUUGUUAACAGUUAUCCAUAAUUAGAACAUACAGAUUUUAUAUUAAUGCCUGUAAGAUAACCAGGAUAACCAAUAUGGUUAGAUUUUUAAAAAGCAUUUACAAGAAGUAAAAGAAAAGAUCAAAUUUUAAAUAAAUUGUAAGAUCCAAAUGUUGAAAAUAAAGAAUAAUUAUAAAAAGAAUUAGAUGAUAUUGUAAUAUAGGAAACAAUGAUAAAAGUUGAAUAUCCUAAGAAGGUAAGUGAAGAUGUAUUGAAAAAUAUUGUUAUCAUUGGACCUCCUAAAUGUGGAAAGACUCAUUUAGCCAAUUAUUUGGAAUAAACACAUAGAAGAAAAGUUAUUAAUAUGAAUGAAUUAGUUUAAUGGAAUCAAGAAAAUUAAACUUAAGCAUAUUAAUAAUUAGAGUAAUAUAUGUAAUAAAGAUAAAAUGAAAUUUAAUUUGUAUAAUAAGAAAGAGAAAAAUUAUUAAAAAAAGCAGGAAAGAAAUCUAAAGAUCUUGAAGAUAAGUGGGGACCAAUACCAUUACAUUUAUAUGAAUAUUUAAGUGAAGAGAUAAUUGUAAAAUUAUUAAAAGCAAGAUUGUCUCAUGAAGAUUGUGGUGCUGGUGCUAUUUUUGAUAAUUUAUAAUCUAAAUAUUGGCCUAAUGAAUUAUAUUUGAUGAAAUGUAUAAUGGAAAUUGAUUCUCAUUUAUAAGUAGUUGUAUUAAAAGAGUAAUAUGAUUAAUAUGGUUUUGAAAUCUAAAAAUUGAUUGAAUGGCCAGGAAUGGAAAAAUUGGCAGAAGAAGAUAAACCUAAAAAAGAAGAAAUAGUUGAUCCUAUUCCAACAUCAAAAGAUAAAAAUAAUAAAACUUAAACUAAGAGAGGAAAGGAUUAAUCUUAGAGUGUUACUAAGAAACAAGAAAAACCAUAAAUUUCAUAAUUAUAAUUAUAAUAAUAAUAAUCAAGAUAAAAAUCAAGACCAAAAUCAUAACCUAAAUCAGCUGGAAAUUUAAUAGAAUAAAAUUAUUAUGAUGUAUUUUAUCCUGCUAGUUUUGAAGAUGAAAUAUAGAGAUAGAAUUUUAAUGAAUUAAUUACAAAAGUUAAAGCUUUAAUAGAAAAUAAAUAUCAUGAUAAAAUAGAAAUAGCUAAUAAAAUACAUGAUCCUGUAUUUGAUGAAGGAAAGAAAGAAGAGAAACCUUAAAAACCAGCAAAGAAAGGUGAUAAACCACCUGAACCAGAAGAACCAAAAGUAGAAAUAAUAGAUUAUACAUAUCUUUAAAAAGGAGAAAGAUAAUUUAGUGAAAUUCCUUUCCAUUACAAUUUACCAUAAUUAUGUUAAACAGGAUUAUAAGUAAUACCAGCUCCAAUUUAUCCAAAUCCAAAUUCUUUACCAAUUCCUGAUCCAAUUUAUCAUUAAAUUGUUAUGAAGAAGAAAGAUAAUUUAAAUUAAUCUAUUCAAACAGGUAGAAAGAAGACAGAUACAAAAGAAUCAUCAAUACAUUAAUCAAAUGCAACCCUUACAUAAACACUUAAAUAUUUCAACAUUCUUACACCUAAAGAUAUGUAUGUUAAAGAUAUUAAAAUGUAAUCAUAAUAAAAGACAGAACAUAUUGAUGAAGACAAAAUUAAUCUUUAAGAAGAAUAAAAUAAACAUUUAGAGGAUAUCAAUUCACCAAGUAGGGAAUAACUUUAACAUCCUGAUUAAUUGAAUAAACCAAUCACUCCAUCUGUUAAAGCAAGAGCUAAUGUUACUUCUAGAUCAAUUGCUAAUGUAAGUAAGAGAUCAUAAUAAUAAAAAAAUGCUGAAUCAUCUUAAGCAAAUGAUUAAAAAUAUAAUUAUAAACUUGAAGAUUUGAUUUAAAAAUAAUAUAGAUGGACUAUACCUGCUGGUAGAACAUUAAUAUUAGUUAUUCAAUUCUUUACUAAACAUACUGGUUCAUUUGAAGGCAGAUUAAAUUUUGAUAAUUUCUUUUCUAUCAAGAAAUCAGCUGCUGAAGUCAAAGGAGUUGCUGAUUAUCCAUCUUUAAGUGGAUUACCUAAAUAAUUAUUUUGGACUGUAAAGAAAUCUAGACCUUUAAAUGCACCUGAUUCAUACUUAAGCAAAGUAUAUGUUUAGAAUGAGUAAUCCUUUGAUUUUGGACCAUUAUUAAUUGGAAAAUCAGAUAAAGUAGCUAAUCGUGCAAUUAAUAGUACAACAUUUAGAUUAUCUAAUUCUGGUAAAUUUGAUACAGAAUUAUAAUUUUCCUUAUUAUCAAGUAUUCAAGAAAAUAAAGAAAUUUAAAAAGGAGUUUUUACAUUAGAUUUAGAUAAUUCUAAAAUUUAAUUAAAUAGUGUUCCAUUAGAAUUAAGAGUUUGGGCAUUUCCAGAUAAACCUUAAAAAUUCAGAGAUGAUUUGAUUGUCUAGAUUAAAGAUAAUCCAUUACCACUUAUUAUUCCUAUGGUAUGUAUUGGUUGUAGACCAACAAUUGAUUUAAUUAAUCCUGAUGUAAAAUUUGAAAGAUUAUUAAUUUCUUAAUCUGAUUCUAGAACAGUAACUAUAAAGAAUACAGGUAUGAUAAAUGCAAAGUGGAAAUUAACAGGAAUAGAAUAAUUAGAAGAAGAAUUUUAAGUUAUUAAUACAUCAGGUGAAUUAGCUCCUACAAUGGAAGCUAAGAUUGAAAUAAGAUUUAGAGCUAUAAAGGAAAGAAAAUUAAAUCUAAAAAUAACUCUUGAAGUAGAAGAUGUUGAGAAUAUGAAUAUAAAAUAAGAUCCUAAGAUUAUAAAUGUUGAUGCUGAAGCAUUUUAAAUUUAAGUUGAUAUUAAAUAUCCAACACCAGAGAAUAUAUUAGAUUUUGGUAGUGUAAAAGUAGGUGAUUUUAAAGAUUAAGUAUUGUAAGUUAAGAAUAUUGGUUAAUAUUUGGUUAAAAUUAAGUGUUUAAUUAAAAAGAAACUCUUCCCUCAAUUAUUUUAAUUAGAACCUAUGGAAACUGAUCUAAAUCCUGGAUAAUAAAAAGAUAUCUUAAUAAGAUUUUGUGGUGUUAAAGAGAUAAAAAUGAAAACUACAAAUGAUACUACUGAUUUAUAUUUAGAGAUCUUAGAAGGUAAAACAUAAGAAAUUUAUAAACCUGUUCCUAUUAAUGUAUAAUUCAAUAGUGUUUAUUCAAAAUAUUCAAUUAAUCCAUUAAAAAAUAUAAAUUUUGGACCUAUUUAAUUUAAUGAAUCUAAAGUAAGACAUUUAGAAAUCAAAAAUGAAGGAUAAUUUGAAUUCAAUUUCACAAUAUUUGAUUAUGCAAAUGAAGAAUUUAGAAAAUAAUUGUUAGAUUAAUAAAAUAAAGAAGCUUAAGAAAAAAAGGAAUUAAUGAAAGCUAUGCCAUCUUCAUUAGCACCUGUAGAUCCUAAGAAAGGACCAAAGAAAGAUGAUAAAAAAUAAGAAAAAAAAUAAGCAAAACCAGGUAAAAAUGAUCCACCUCCUGGAUAAUUGAAAAUUGGUUAAUGGACAAUUAUGCCUAGUAUUGGUACAAUAGCACCAGAUUCUUCUUGUACAGUAGAAAUUACAUUUGCAGGAUAAGGUUAAAAAAAUUAUGAAUAAAAAUUGGCAAUAGAUAUUAUUAAUCGUAAUCCAGAAGAUUAACCAAAUGGAAUUGAAUAUGAAGUAUUAAGUGAAAGUUGUAUUCCAGGUAUUAGUACAACUACAUAUGAAUCUAUUUUUGAAGAACAAGUUGUAUUGUAAUCUUAAGUUAAUAAUCUAUCAAAUUUGAUUAAUUCAAAUGUUUUCUUUAUAGAAGAAAAAGUAUUUAGUUUUGGAACAUUGGUACCAUCUAAAGUUCCUGAUGGAGUAGUUGAAAGAUUUAAACUUACAAAUCCUAAUAAGAUUCCAUGUAGUGUUAAAUUAGAUGCAAGAAGAAGAUAAAAUUAUCCUAAUGAUAAUUUUGCAUUUGAAGUUUUUCCAAAAUAAGUUAAAAUUGCACCACAUGAGAGUGUUUAUAUUAAGGUUGCUUUUAAACCUACUAUAAUGGCACAAUAUUAUGGUAUUUUUGAAGCCAUUGUUGAGAAUGGAGAACAAAGUCCUAAGACUCAUAAAUUAUUAUUUGAUUUAAGAGGAGAAGGAGCCUUACCAACAUUGAAAUUGGAAAAACCUAAAGAUUGGUUAGAUGAAAGAACACCUGUUGUUAAAUUUGGCAGAGUUAGAUUAGGCAAGACUUUAACAAUGCCAAUUGUAUUAAAAAAUGAUGGAUAGAUUCCAGCUACAGUUAAAUGGGAUUUAACAGCAGUUAAUGAACAUUUUAGAUUUUUAGAUCAAAAUACAUUUUCAUUAACUCCAAAAACAACUGCUACUUUUAAUAUUGAAUUCACUCCAAAAGAUGUUGGAAUUAAGUAACAUUAUUUUGUAAUGUAAACUCUAUUAAAUCCUUAUGAAAUAACUAAAGUAGCAGUAACAGGAGAAGCAUUUUAAGAAGAUAUUGUAUUUGAAAAUUUGGAUGAUGAAGUUCAAUUUGGUGAUUGCAUUAUUAAUACAGAAAAGAAAAUAUAGUUUUUCCUUAAAAAUAAUGGAUCUAAUACAAUUAGAUUUUAAUGGAAUACUUAAGGAUGUGAAGAUUUUUCCUUUAUUCCUAGACAAGGUCAUUUGAAUACCAAAGAAUCAAAGCCCAUUACAUUAAUAUUUAAAUCUAAUCGAAGUAUAGUACAUAAAUCAUUUGCCUUAUAAUGUGAUACUAAACAAAUUAAUAAGAAAACUCAAUCAGAAUGGGAUGAUAGUAUGGCAACUACAAAAUAUGUGACCUUAACUGAAUAUAAUUGGUUAAUAAAGAGAAGAGAGGAAGAAGAGGCAAAGAGAUUGGCUGAAGAAGCUGCCAACAAAAAGGGAGCCAAAAAAGUAGAUAAGAAAGCUGCAAAGUAAGAAAUCAUCCAACCUCCUUAACCUGAACCUGGAGAAGAAGCAAACAUUCCUAUAUCAGAUCCAUUACCUGAACCUGAAUAUCAGGUUAUAGAUAAGAGUGAUAAGAGUAUGCCAAUGAAAGUGAAUGCAAUUGCUGAUUUUGCUAAAUAUGAAAUCGAUUAGAGAAGUGUUUACUUUAAAGAAACUCUAAUGUACACAACUAGGGUUCAUUAAUUAAAAUUAAAGAACACUUCUUUGAUAGCAAUAAAUUAUAAUUGUAAGAUAGUAUCAGCAGAGACUGGUGCUAUAGACCCUGGGUAUUUUUAUGUGUAUCCAAAGUAAGGUAAGAUUGCUAGCAAUAGUGAUGAGAUGUUUACUAUUAAAUUUAGUCCUACAGAAGUAGAUGAAUCAAAUGAGAGGUUAUUAGUCAUUUCAAUAGAUAAUUUGGAUCCAAAUUAAGAUAAAUUAAUAGUUGAAUUAGAUGGGUAAGCAGAAAGACCUAUAUGUCAUUUUGAAUUGCCACCUAGUAAUUAUAGAGAUAAGAAACCAGAUUUGGAAGCAAAGUAUAAUGUAAUAGAAUUUGAGAGUUUGGGAUGCAAAGUUAAAAAUACAAAGAGAUUUUAUGUUGUGAAUCCAACUUCAGUUGGUUAUGAAUAUGAAUGGAAAAGAAUUGAUGAUGAAAAGAAUCAGAAUGCAAAUUACUUUAAAUGUAUCACUAUAAAAGGUGUUGUAUUAUCUGGAAAGAAAUCUGAAAUAAUUUUUGAAUAUUCACCAGAUACAUAAGGAUAACAUGAAAGUUAUUGGGUAUUUGAAAUUCCAUAAGAACAUAUUACUUAAUAUUUCCUUAUAACUGGAAGUGUUGUUGAGCCUAAUGUUAUAUUUAAUGUUGGUAAGGUUAAUUUUGGUCCAUUAUUGGUUUAAGGAAAAAAUAAGGAAACAGUUAUUCUUAAGAAUUUAGAAGAUGUCCCAUUAACAUUUUAAUUUGAUAAGGAAUCUUUCCACAAUCCAGAAUUUGGUGAUUCACUUACUAUAACUCCAGUUCAAGGAACAAUUAAGGCACUUGGAGAUUAGCCUAUUGAAAUUUAAUUUGCACCAAAAGUUGAAAGAGAAUAUAAUUAUAAUUUAUUAUGUAAUGUGAAGAGAAGAUAAAGACCAGUAACUUUGAAUGUUAAAGGAAUAGGAUAUAUUUUACAUAAUAAUGUAUAUUUGAAUGGUGUAGCAGUUACUUAAUAAAAUACAGUUGUAGAAUUAGGAGAUUUGUAUAUAAAUGAGAAAUCCAGUAAAUAAAUUACAGUAGAAAAUUAGGGAGACUUUAAUUUCGAUUUCAGUGUUAGAAAAUCAGCAUAAUUAUCUAAUAUUGUGAUUAUCAACCCAGAGAAUGGUACAGUAAAGAAGAAUGAGAAAUUUAAUAUUGAGAUUAGAUAUUAACCAACAGCACCUUAGAAAUUGAAUUAACAAUUUUCAUUAUGUAUUUCAAGUGGUCCUACUUAUAAUUUCUAAUUAAUUGGAUCUGCAAAAAAACCAGCAGUAGAAUUUUCAUUUUUAUAAUAUGAUUUUGGUCCAUGUUUUGUAUUAAGAUAACCAUUACCAAUCACUAAAAAUUUGGAAUUAAGAAAUAGAGAUGUUUAAGCUAUGGCAAUAGAAGCUUUGUAUGAAAAGAAACCUUAUUUUGGAGUACAAUUACCAUCAGGUUAAGUAUUAUUACCAAUUCAAAUAGAAACACAUAAAGACAAGAAGGGAAUUAUAUAAACAAAAGAAUUAAAUGUUUUGUAGAUUCCAAUUACUUUUACUCCAAGAGAAUUGAUUAAAUAUGAUGAAAGUGUGAUCUUUGAUAUAAAUGGAUUAUAAAAAGUAGAAGUAAGAUUUACAGGGGAAGGUGUUCCUUUGAAAUUAGAUUUAUUAAAAACUGAAUAUUAAUUUGUAGAUUUUGGAAUAUAUGGUAUAGGAUAGAUAGGAACUGAAGUUGUUUCUUUAGUGAAUAAUUCAUAAAAGAUGGUGACUUUAAUUUUUGAAUAAGAUUUAUUAAAAGAAUUAAAAUAAAAAUAUUUCAUUAAGGUUAGACCUAAGAAAGAGUUUGUAAUUAAUCCAAGAGAGAGAAAAGAAAUUACUUUAACUUUUAAGCCAUAAUAGAGAUUACAUUCUUUCAAGACUGAUUUAUUCUUUAAGAUAGUUGAAAAUAAUGAAGUGAGAAAACUAUUAACAGUAUAAGGAGCUUGUCAUGGAAUAGAAUUAAAAUUGAUGGAGGAUACUAUAGGAUUUGGUGGAGUUGUUAUUAAUUCAAGACUUACAAAAAAUGUAUAAUUAAGUAAUUUGGGAGAUGUUGCUGCUAAAUUCUAAUGGGAUACUUCAUUUUGUAAAAAUUAUUUCACUAUUACUCCAUUAUCAGGAACAUUACCAGCACAUGAAGAUUUAUAAUUUUAAAUUACAUUCCAUCCAAAUGCUAUUGAUAAUGAUAUUAGAUUUGAUAAGGUGAAAUGUUUAAUCUAAAAUUCAGAUCCAUUAUAUUUAAAUUUAUUAGGCAAAUGUAUAGAAUAACCAAAAGAAUAAAUCUAAGAAGUUAAAUUUGAAACUGUUGUAAGAGUACCAACUUCUAAAAAAGUUGUUGUCAAAAAUCCAACACCAAAACCAUGGAAAGUCAAAGCUUCUGUAUCAGCUUUAUUACCUUAAUUUAAAGAUUAUUUUGAAGGUAAAGAAUAUGUAGAAGUUCCAGCUAAUGGAUAAGCUGAAUAUGAAGUCAUUUAUAAACCUUUAACUAUGACAUCUAAUCCUUAAAUACAAAAUUUACAAGAUCAACAUGAAGGAUCACUCUUUUUCCCAUUACCUGAUGGAUAGGCACUUCUCUAUAAUCUAUUUGGUAAGAGUUUGCCACCAUUACCAUAAACUGUUGAUACAACAAUGAAAGCUAAAAAGAAUACAACCUAAGUAUUGUAAGUGAAAAACUGGUUGAAAACUAGUCAAAGAUUUGAAGUCUCAUGGACAUUAGAACCUGAAGAUCCUUCUAUUAUUCUUAAUGGAGCCAAUACUUUUGAAGUAUCUAGUGAAGGUACUAAGGAAUAUAAACUAACUAUUUAUGGACUUAAAUAAUCAUAAAAUAAAGUGACAGUCUAUUUUAGAAAUGCUAUCACAUAAGAAUUUGUAUUCUUUAAAAUAGUAUAUAUUAAUAUUUAUAUUUUUAGAAUCUAAGUAUUCAACCACCUGAUUAAUUACCUAAAAUUGAAUUGGCAUCUAUAGUUAGGGAAGUUGCUACAAAGUUGAUUACUAUUGAAAAUCCAAUCAAUUAACCUGUUGAAUUUAAGAAAGAUUAACUUAUAGCUGAAACAGAUAGUAUCUCAUUUAAUCCUUAAUAAUUUGUAAUCCCACCUAAAUCUGAAUUUGGUCUUGAAAUAGCAUAUAGACCUUUAAUAGUAUAAGAUAUUCAAUCAAAAAUAACAAUUAAAUCUAUUUAAUUAGGAGAAUUUGUCUAUCCUCUUAAAUUAUAGGGAUUACAAUAGAAUGUUUCAAGAUCACUCUAUUUCAAAGCUUCUUUGGGAACUGAAAUGGUUUUGCCAUUUAAAUUUAUGAAUUACACCAAGAAACCUACUAUGUAUACAUGUUAUGCAACAAAAUUGGGUCCAAAUGGAAAACCUCUUCCUGUGAACAUAGAUCCAAAAGCUAAAGGUGCACCUGCCUAGACAACAGAUUUUAUUUGUGAAUAAGUCCAAUUUUAAGCACCUUAAUCAGAAUCAUUUGAUGGUGUUGAAUGUUAGAUAAGUGUAAAGUAUGAACCUAGCAGUUUAAAUGAAAGUAGAGGUAUUUUAGUAGUAACAUCACCUGAUGGUGGAGGUAAAUAUAAUAUUUUUAUUUUAAAGAAUAUCAAUGUCUAUUGAUAGGAUAAGGAAUUACUCCAUAACCUAAAGGUCCAUAUAAAUUAUCAGGUGCUAAACCACCUGCUAUUGAAUUUAAGAAUCCCUUCUUUGAGGCUUAAGAGUUCACUUUGAGAAUUGACAAUCCUGCAUUUACUUCUUCAGUUAAGUCCCCUAUCAAAGUUGAUGUAAGAAUAAUAUUUAGAAUUUUUAGGGUAAAAAAGUAUUGAGCAUAAAUAUCACCUACAAAGCAGUACCUAAUACAAGCAACAAUGGAAGAUUAAUAAUUUCCUGUGGUGAUUUACCAUAAUGGGUAUUCUAUCUUUAAGGAGAAUGA